AAUCAAACGCACUGAGCAUCAUUCUUCACUAAGUUAGUGUAGUGUAACUCAACAACACCGCCUGGCGUCACUAGCAUUCAUCGACUUUUCGUUCUAUUCUGUGUAAAUUCUCGCCUUUUCACAUCCAUUCUCACACUAGAGAGGCAUGGUUCUCAAUCACUGAACGAACAACUCGACGUCUCCACCAUAAUCCACAUCCCACCUCACCUAGCCAUCCCCGACCACCCCCAAGUUACCUGGUAAGGUAAGGUACCUGACAGCAAUCGUGCCGCUACCGCUACCGCUACGUACCGACCGCUAUUACUAGCUCGAUUUACCUGGACUCAUUGCGGGCCAACUACUGCGAUUCCCUCCACCGCCCGCCCGCUUGUUCCUCUCGACGUCUCCCGAAUCAACUCUGAACCCGAUAAUCACGACGAGGCCAGAGCUGAGCUGAGUACACCAUCCUGACCGCAUGUGCUGUGUUUAGCACCUGCGAGCGAGCAACCGACUGCUUCUGCUGUUCACUCUUUGCGACUCCUUAGCUUCGCCUUCGCCUUCGCCUUCGCCAGCCUUCAACGAGCCUAGACGCAGACGGGACGAGACGUCACGGUCAAGUCUUACACAACUACCGCCGUGAUCAACUUCUCUCUGCCUCCCCUCUCCUCGAACCUAUACUCAUACACCAGCCACCAACCCCAGCACACCACAUACCGUCACGAUGCCCUGCUUCAAGGGCAUUGCGGUCAGCAUUCAUGCGAACUCUGCCCCGCUGCCAGAGUAUGGCAUGCAGAAGCAAUCUCGUCUCUCAAGAAUCAGUACCUACAUUCCUGUACCCCAACCUCAGCUCGCUGAGUCAAACAAACCCGAGCCUGCAAAAUUCGCCAUCUCCAUCACCCUUCUCACCCCCGGCUUGCCUAUCCCAUACUCGACCCCGAAGCCCAGUGAUGAUAACCCCUACCCGAAGCCUCAGUUCGUCGGCGGUCUGAACACCGGCGAUCGGAAUAAGUCCUCUGGUGUUGUUAACCCCUACAUUCCCAUGACCAACUCCGAAAACGAGACCAUCGCUGCCUACAUUUACUUUGACGGUAGAGCAAAGGAGGAAGUUGCUACUCUCCUGCGACCAGGUGAGGAAACAUGGGUCAACAGUCGCUGGGUCCAGGUCCCAGACUCUGAAGGUGGCGGUCUGGCCGAACGAGAAUUCCUAUUCCGCGAGGUUGGCCUCGAGCGCUGGCUCAACGGCUUGGACCUACAAGGCCAUGAUGCAGCUGAGAAGCUAGAGAAGCGUCGCCAGAAGUUUGAGAAACGCCGCCGACGACAACGGGCCAUGGAAGGGAACGCCAGUGCCGAUGUGGAACAGGGAUCUACAGGACGGAGGGACACACUACGCUAUGGCGCUGACGACAAGUCUCCUAUUGAGGCUGUCGUGGACGACUCUGAUUCAUGGUCCGACGACGACGACGAACCCCCUGAGGCGACUGGGCAGAUCAAGGUGGCUAUGUUCCGCGUGCUGGCCUCAGGCGAAAUCAAGAAGGGCGAAUACUCACCCCAGUUCGGUGCUCACGACGGCGACGAAGAUGACAUGGGCUCUAAGGAAGGAAAUGGCAUCGACGCCGACGUUGAACACACGACAAGUUUCGCGAAGCCCAAGACUCUUGAUCCGAAGACUAUCAGUACACAGACAGUCACGGGCAUUGACGGACCAGACAAGCCCUAUGCUGUCUUUACCUUCUUUUACCGAGGAGAGCGACAAUUGCAAAAGAUCGGGGUUCUACAGUCCUCAAAGAACCCUCAGACAACCCCUGGAUCAGCCAAACGGAGGUCAGGUCAACUCGACUUCUCCAGCCUGGGACCUCUCAAGGCUGGUGGCACUGUCGGCUUCUCUGCUUUCCGCGACCAGGCUACCGAAGCCUCGAGACGACGCAAGGCUAGAAAGAAGAGCAAUGGAAAUAUCGCCGAUGAUAGCGACGACGAUGAUGAAGAGGACGACGAGAACCUGGGCAAGAUGGAGGAAGUGUACGCAAAAGAUGUGAACGCCCAACUUGCGCCAGAAGACGUCAAAUUCCAGGGCGAACUUGCUGAGGGCGUGGAUCGUAUUCACCUUAAGAGGGCGCAUUCUGCAGACCCAGACAGCUUGGCCACACCGGAAUUGUCACAAACCCCGACCGCAGCUAGCGAAUCCACGUCACAAGCGCCUACCACAGGGGGGUCACCCGCCAACAAUCUUCUUUCAAACGCUGUAGGUCUUGAUACACCUAGCAAGUCAAUUUUCCAGAGUCCUCUCAAGAAGUACCGACCCAGUGUGGAUUACGGAUCGGGAGGUCUGAACCUCUCAACAGGAUCUGGCUUGAAAUCAGAGGUAGAUUCAGCUGUUUCCGGGGGAUCUGAGUCGGGGUCAGGAACCCCCUCCAAUAUCGAAACCCAAAAACCGAAGGUUGAGGAUGAGGAAGAGCUAUGAUCAUGGCGGAAUCCUCGAUUAUCGAUCGCUCUCACAGACUUCACCGGAGAAGUUUAUUCAUUGAAUUACGAAAGAAAACGACAAAAAAUGACGGCUUUGCUCUAAACAUAAAGCGGCCGUUGGGUGUCGACAUGGACAGCCUUAGCAGCUUCGAGAUAGACUGAUGGACCAGUUCUUGGGCCGAAGGGUUUACUCCUCGACCGGCACGACUAUUGACAGCACAAGAUAUAAAAUUUUCACUAUGAAAUUUAUGUGGUGUAUUGGCGAAGGUUAGGGAAGUAUUGGGUGCUUCUAAGAUUUGGGAAGCAAGUGGCUCAUGUUGUAUCGAGGCGGCCUGUCAUUUCUUGGUGCAGGAAAACAAGCAACUCUUGAUCUGAGACAUGGGUGGGUUACUUACUAGAGGUUAGAAGGUCCUACAAUCGAGUAGUCUGAGCCAACAGAAGGAACCAGUGUUCGGUGAAUCGAUUAACUGUAUGUGACAUAUCGUUGCUUGAAGAAUAGAACGGCAUUGCUUUACUUCAUGCUUGCGAACUGGAGUGAAUGCCUUGACUGUAUGCACGAGACAGGCCCUGAACACUAUGGUACUGCCACCAACUAGAUAGUCAUGUAUGACUAUUUCGCUAUGC